CGCUUUAAAAAAGUGGGGGUAUAGUAUUUUACCUCUGUCUGUCCGUCCGUCCAUCCGUCAGUCUAUCUGUCAGUCCAUCCGUCAGUCCGUCCGUCCGUCCCAUGAAUAUUUUUCGUCGCAUCUUUCUCAGGAACUACAUUACAAGGAUUUCUGAAAUUUGGUUUCUGGGUUUAUAUGAGUCAGCUUUACCGUAUGAUGCGUUUUCAGAUUCAUCACUCAACAACUUCCUGUUUACCUUAUAUUUUUAGCGGGGCGGAGGUAUCAUUAGUGCGCAGUAGCUCACAGAUUCACUUGUUUUAUCUUUUUAGAGCUGGAUAUUGAAGUUAGACGACAGAUUCUGCCAAUGAUUGUUACCAAAAUAAACCAGACAUUAGCCCAUGAAAAGGCAUUAGCAAAGGACUGUGAGAAUAAAAUAAACUCUGCCGUACAAAGCUGUAAAUCCUGCCAAAGUAAUAUAUGCCAACCGACAGUCGUUGACGAAAUAAAGCAUGUUGCUGAAAACGUAGGACACUCGGUAGGCAGUGCUAUAAAACAUAUCUUUGGAAAGCGUUCAGUUUUAAAUCUGAAGAAAAGGUGUUCACAAUCAUGUCCCAUUUGUGACACGAUCGACAUUCAUAAACAUUCAAAGGAACAAACACUAGUCGCAGUUUGUGGGGCAUUCACAAUUUCAGCACAGAAGAAUGAUAUCAACACAAUCAACAGACUUCGAGAAAGAUACGAUGCAAUUCUUCACAACCAUCUUGUUACUCGAGUUGACUACGAUACAACAUCUAUAAGAACUAAUGGUGGUGUGUCGUUUACGUUAAAUUUUGUUACCUACAUAAUACAAGGACAUAACCACCGCUUCCAGUCUAGUACAGAACUAAAGAUUACAGAUAUACCAACAACAGCAAAAAGCCUGGCUCAUCAAAUAUUCCCUAAAAUCUAAAGAGAAAUAUGGACAGUAAACAGCAAAAAUAAACAGAUAUAGAAAA